AUGACGCUGUUCGAAAAAAGUAUCUCCUGCGAAGAGGACGACGGCAGCAGUAUGUCAGCAUACGCAGCGCUGGCGACAGAGAUCGAUCGAAUCACCACCUCACCCUAUCCGAGCCAACUCCGGACGCUCCUCGAACUCGUCACCAACUGCGCCGAUGCCGACAUCUCAAGAUGGGCGGCCGCCAAACCAUGCCUUGUCGAAUCGCUGGCAUGUUCACUCAUAGAAGGACUACAGCAGUGGAGCUACGUACUGGACAUCAUCACUCGGUUUGGCCUCAAUGCUGCUUGCCGGGAUGCCUUCCUCCGACAGGAACCGACUUUGCUGCACAGUGUGGUGGCUCAAGCGAUCAAGAAGGGGGAUACGAGGUCAAAAUACACAAGAGCAAGCGUUGCGUUGCUGUCAAUACCUCUUCCUGAUACUGUAGCUUUGCCAGCUGAGGCGCAGACGCUGUUUAUUCAGCUCUUCGAAGAUGCCGCGAGCAAACCGUCUGCAACAACAAUCGAGCCGGUAUACAUCAUAUUAGCCGGGACUGGAAACUUGCUGCUUGGCAUAUUGAGCUCGAGUACGCUGAGUCGCUUCGAGGAGCACAUGGUGGAUAUUCUCAAGAAUGUGUCACAAGCUGCGGACCAGAGUUUGAGCCUGCGCUGCUUCGCGAUCAUGAACGUGGUCCUCUGCGGCACGGAUCCCCAAUUCCGCCUUACCAACAGUUCCUACGAUACUCAGGACUUCUUGGCCAGUACACCAGUAUCUUCAAGAUGGAAGGCGGAGACCAUGCAGCAAUUCUUCGAAGGCAGCAAAGCACAGAGAAGUGUACAGCUCAUCACCUUGCUUGUGCUAUCGGCGGUCAAAGCAGCGCAAUGCUCAGACGACAAGAUAAAAUCGGUCGUGCUGGCUAACGAAAUCAUUACGGCCAUCCCAGCUGAUCUUCGCAAGAUUUGGUGUACAGCCAACACGAUCACAAUUCGUCGGGUGCAGGAAGGACUCUGCGCCCAUGAUCUUGAUCCGCGGAUCAGAAGUCUCGCGCUCAGAUUCAUGGGCAAACUCGUGGAAGUCGAUUCCCUUCCACACGUCGUCCUCGAAAAGCUCGAAGCCACGUUCACAGAUCCAAGCUUGAUACAAAUUGUGCACACUCUGGCACCACACGUGAAUGAUUGUGAGCUCUUCUCGAGCGUCCUCGCGCAUGCACCAAUUGGCGACCUCUUGCAGAAUGCUGUCAACUAUGCCAUUCGUGCAGACGGAGAGGACUCUGCUGCUGCUUUGGAUGCCAUUACUCGAACUAUGCAAGACGCUCUGACGAUCAUUGAGGACCACAAGAUCACGGUGCAUCAAGUUCGAGAAGUGCUGAAUGACGGCACGUUCUUGAGGACUUUGCAAACACUACAAGACAAGAUUGCCAAGCGUGAGGGCAUUGAGCAGCAAAGCAAUGGUUGGUGCCAGGUGGCUCUGCAUAGGAAGCGAUGCAACUUGGCUCACCAGAUCACCAACCUGUUGCUCAGAGCUUCGCAAAAGUCGACGAUCGGGACUCAGUCAAUGACUUUGCUUCUCGACCUCCAUGCAUCAUCAGCGCGAGGUGCAACCGAAUGCAAUCACAACCGGCCAUCAUGGCGGGAGCAUAUGAACUUUGGCACGUCUAAUGGAAUGGCUGAGGAAGAUCAUGUGGACUGGAGGGAGGCACUACAUACACAUUUCCGUGCCAGGGCAGAGGUCGAGCAAGAUGCAGUCACGACAUUGUUCGCAAAAGCCUGCGCAAGCUUGGAGGCGAGGUGCGAGAAUGUAGAGAAGCCUCUUCGAGAGGAGCAAAAGAGGUAUCGAGCAUUGGAGGAGCAGAAUCAAGACCUCAACCGUGCAUUUGCUGAGAUGGAGUCUCGCAAUGUAGACUUUGGCAUCCAAUUGCGGUCCGUCGAGGACGAACGUGAUACUGUCAUGCAGGAUCUGGAAGCAAGCCGCGGUGAGAACUCGGAUCUGCUGGACCGAAUCGGCCAGCUGGAAGGAAAGCUACGACAAGCACAAGAAGACGGUCAGCGUCAGCUCCAAGACCUCCGCAAUGAGAGGUCGAUGGCGGAACUCGGCAGCGCCAGUAUUGUCGCGAGGAAGCAGGAAGAGCUCGACGAUCUGCAGGAGCAAUUUGAGGAGUCGUCGAAGGCGUUGGAAGAGAGAGCCGGAAGGCUGGCUCAGCUCCAAGUGGAACUGCAGAGCUCCCGAUCAGAAUGCGAUCGUUUGCAGCACAGUCUGACAACCAGCGAGGCACGAACCUCCGGCAUGGAAGAUCGUAUCAGCGAGCUUGAACGAAGCAAUGGAGCACUUUCCACCAGCAGCGCCCACCUCGAGGACCAGCUGCGGUCGGCGGAAUCAAACAAGUCCAUGCAAGAUGAACGGAUAAGCGAUUUGCACGAGCAACUGGAAAGGGAGCGUUCGGAACGAGUCGCACUCAAGCAGGCCUUCGAUCAUGAAUCAGCCCAGGUCCAGAACUUACGCAGUGAGCUUCAAAUAAAGACCAACGAAGCCGCAGAGUCUGUUCGGCAACACCACGACUCAAUCGAAACACUCGAACGCCAACUCUCUGAUCUUCAACGAGACUCCCUCGAAGACCACGAGAACCUCACCGCAGAAAUCUCUCGCCGCGAAACCCAAAUCACCGACUUCCGCAAGAAGAUCGACCGCCUUCAACGCAAAUGCGACCAAAAAGACGCCUCAAUCGCCGAAGCAGAAGCCAUGCGCGCGAACCUCAUGGCCGCCAUGGGCAUCAACAACAUGUCAUCCAAGACUGGCAGUCUUCCUCACCGCUCCCGUGAAAGCGCCGUCAAUACUCAAUACACCCAAGCAGACGACAUGGCUCCUCCGCCCGCGCCCGAGACUCUCGUUCAAGACUCCCAAGCCUACGACGACUCCUUCGUCUCAAACACCAGCUCCCUCGACUCCCAACCCGGUCCCACGCCUAAGAGGCCGCGAUCCCGCAAGUCUGCUCCUGCGCCGACUUCGCUCGCGCGGACGAGUUUGGGCGCGAGGUCGAGUUUGAGGACGAGGCAGAGUGCGGGCGGGACUGCGAAUGGCGGUGCUGUGGGGAGGGUGGCGCUGCAGGGGAUCAGUGGGAAUCAUAGGAUGAGUGAAAAGGGAUUCAAGACGCCGACGAAGGAGGUGAGGAUUCAGGAGGAGGUCGGAGUGAAGACUUUUGAGGCUGGGGAGGAUGAGAGUAGGUUUGAUGGGAGUGAGUUGUUUAGUGGGACGCAGGGGCAGAGGUUGGCGAGUUUGGGGGAGGGGAUGUGA